UGCAUACUUCUGAAGGACUUUGAACUCUUAAGCCAUCCAUAGCUUUGAACUGUCUUCACGCCAUUUUCAUGAUGUCUCACUACUGUUUAUCCUGCACUCUUACUAGCUAUAUUGCACUCACCAUCUGCAUUUGCCAUAUAAUUCACUGCACCUGCUUGCAUGCUUCAAUUUAAUGCCAUUGCUUAUCACUGCACAAUUUUUAUGAUGAAUGCCUACUUUCGUUCAUAAUGGCAGAUUCAGAUCCUCAUAUAGCCCAGCUUCGUCGAUAUCUUUAUCUAGGAGAUGAAACUAAACCUUUCCCCUUAUCUGUUAGGUAUCCAUUUAAUCCUGAGAAAAAUCAAUUUAUUGAAGAAUUAGAAACCAGAGAAACAGAUAAAGAGGCUAUUCAAGAAAUACUUCGUAUCUACAGAGAAGGUCACUAUUUGGAAUUGGAACCUAUAAUCUAUGCAUUAGCAGUUUAUGCACAUUCAAAGCAUUUCUUUAUGAAGGAUGCAGCAUUUAAUGUAGCUAAAGAAAUUUGUUCCUCAGCAGCUUCAAUGCUUACUUUUGCUUACUUUUAUAAGGAACUUUCUAAGCCAUCAUCAGGAUAUGGGCGAGCUCUUCGAAGAUUUUUAACACAUUGGUAUAACAAAAAAGAUGCUAAAGAUUUAGCCAUUGAGGUAACGAAGGUGAAAUCUCGACAUAAAUGGACUCAUAAGGAUAUUUUAUGCAUGGCUCAUGUUAAAUCAGAAAAUACUGCUAAUGCUGCAGUUCUGAAAUAUGCCGUAAAAGGUUUUCAUGUAGCAGAAAAAGAGUGCGGCUCACAAGCAGAAGCCGAAUCAGUUUUAAGCUAUCUGAAAGGCAUAUAUGAACUAACCCAUACUGAUGACCCUAAGAUUGCUGCCAGGUUAAUUGAAAUCCAUGAUUUGUGCCUUGAACAUGUACCUUCUAAAAUUUUGAAAUCCUCAGAGGUAGCCCUUUGUUUGAUUCCAAGAGUACCUCUGAAAUGCCUUUUAGAACUUUUACCUCGCUUCAGUAAAUUAGGUUUACUGAAAUUAAACAGCCAGCAUUACAAGGCUGUUUUAGAACGCCUGAGCUUGGAAGAAUCUUUGAAUGAUGGAAGUCUAGAUCCAUUGGAAACAUUUUUAGUUUUAAGAAAGUGGCAAAUAGCAAACAGAAUCUUACCUGGUAAACCUAUUCUACGGCAAAAUACCCCUGCUUUGGAUGAUGCCCUACAGAAACUGCAUUUAGCUUCAUUUAAGACAAUUAUUCCUAAGGAAAAACGAUAUCUUAUUGCUUUGGACAUAAGAUUGUCAAUGAAUCACAUCCACUGUGUAGGAUGCAGUGCUCUUACUCCUUCUCAUGUUAGUGAUAUUAUACUGAUGGCACUAGUAAAAGCUGAAAUGUCCAAUGUUACUGUUGUUGUAUAUUCUUCUGGUGAACUUGUAUCUGUUGAUAUAAACAACAAGAUGACACUUGGGGAUGUUGUAGAACACUUAAGUUCCGUUACUGCUGGUCCUGUGAACUUGUCUGCUCCUAUUCAUUGGGCUUCAGAAAAGAAAAAAUGCUUUGAUACCUUUCUUGUUUUUACUGAUCUUCUUGGAAGUACUGAAGAUGGAGAUUUAUUAUCUGUUUUCAGGAAUUACAAAGAAAAUAUGAACUUACCCAACACUAGGUAUUUUCUAUCAACACUUUGUGAUAAGGAAGCAUCUUUUCCGUAUAAGGAAGCAUCCAUGUUGAAUGUUGUAGGCUUCAACCCCAAACUUAUCAAGAUAAUUCAAGAUUUUACAUGUGGUAUUUUUUAACCAAAGAAAGAGCCUUUUAAAAAUUCACAUAUAUUGUAUGUAUGCACACACACAUACAUGUAUAUGUGUGUAUAUAUAUGUGUAUAUAUUCAGUGCUUGAUAUGUAUAUAUGCACACACAUAUAUGUGCGUAUAUAUAUAUAUAUAGUGAAGCUUAGAAUAUGUUUUGUCUUGUACUAUUGUUUGCAUAUACUACAUGGGUGUGGAUGAUACUCAUCAUCAUGUUCAAGGUUUUAGGCAAUUUGAGAUAUAAAAACUGUAUACUUUUGUGAAUGACUAUCUGAGGCAGACAUAUUUUGUAGGAAAUAAUGUACAAAUUUAGAUAUUUCCGUACAGCUUCAAAGCAUAUUUUACAAAAAUCAAAGCUGUAUUUUUAGCUGUUAUGAAAUAUCUUUUGAAGAUGGUAAACUAGUUUUGCUGUUCUUUGGUAUACCAUGUAGAGGGAGGUGUCUUUUUUAAAUCCACAAAACAAGGGUUACAUUAUAAGCUAAUAUGUUAAGCACUAAAUGAGUUAUGUGUAUCUUUCAGUUUACACCACAAAAUGUCACUAAAUAUAGCAUUUCAAUAAUACUAAAGGUCACAUGUUUUAUUCAAAAAUGUGAUUAAAACAAUCAUACUUUUAUAUAUCAUUAUAUUUCGAAAAGAAAAAUCGCUGUUUAAAUUGCAAAUCACCAAAAUUAACAAAACUCCCAAUUAAAAUUAAUGCAAACUAAUAUAAUAAAGUAUGCUGUAAAUUACAAAAGAUUGUUUUGAAGUGUGGGGGUCCAAGAAAUUUUAUGAAGACAUUGCAAGAAGUUUAGGAAAGAAUUUUCAGCCAUAAAUGUAUUAACAUUUUUUGAUAAAUGGGAUGGACAUUCUUUUUGGUUUGUUGAUUUGUUUUAAUAAAUUGUAUUAAAAAGCAUUCUAUUUAUAUACAUUAAUAUUAAUAAAAAUAAUGUCAUGAAAAAUUUCAAAUGAAGGUUUUCAUCUUUACCAUAAUUUUUUUAGAAAACAAAUUCUUUAAUUUUUAAUAUGCAGUUGUUAGAUUAUCAGUCUUUGCUCUCUGGUGACUUCUGCAGCCUGAAUAUAAAAUUGAUUAUUCAUCCUGACUGAGCCAGUGCUUGACAUGUUAAGCAAAUAAAGAUAAGAUAGAUUGAAUAAAUGUUGUUACCUAUUGCUUUAAUGUUUUUAAGUAAGCAUAAAUUCUGCCAUUUGUAAGCUGUUUUAUAUGAUCUUUAAUUGUUCUUUGCCAGUUGUUUCCAUCAACUUUAUAAAUAGCAUUCUCUGCUUAGUUGAUGUUAUUGUUUAAAUGGAAAUAAUCUAAAGUGCUGUGAUCGACCAGUGUGACUUACACAACUAGGUCUGCUUUCAUAUUAUCAUUAUUCAUAUAUUUUCAUGACUAAAAAAUCUAGCUCUUUGUGGUAGUUUUACUCAUUUUGAGUCGAUAUUAUUUAUUUUGCCAUUACAUUUUUUGAUUAUUUUGCAGUUUAUAGGUGCAUAUUUCUGUAUUUGCAAAUCAAUUUUCUUUCAUAAGCUGUGUUAGAAUGAAAAAGCAAUUAAUAUAUAUUAUCUGUUAUUAAUAUAUGUUAAUCUGAAAUUUAUAUCUGUUUGUUUGUUUACUCUUUGUGAAGAUAAAGUUCUAAUUUUAAAUUAAAUUAUAAAGUUAUGCUUUGGAAUUCUGUAAAAUGUAUUCUAUAUUUUAGUAGAUGCUUUAUUAAAUCUGUUUAUUUUUUGUAUAAUAGGAUUUAAUUGUGCAAAUUUGCUACUUAAAUAUAUAUUUCUUAAACAUUUACUUUGUUAUAUAUAAAAGUGGAUAUGUUUAAUUGAAAGAGAGCAUGGGCAUGAAGUAAUUUGAAUUUAAAGAAAGUGCCCAUAACUGAGAUAAUUUCACUGUAUAGAUGCUCAGAUAACAUUAUGCUUUCUGUGUAAAGUAGUCUACUUGUACAGGAAUGAAACUUGUCAUGUAUUCAAAAUUUUGGCGAUUUGUUUUCUUAGAUGUGGAGUAAGAUCAGCAAAAGUCAACAAAUUAAUAAAAUUUUUCUUUGUUUUAUAUUCUAAAAAAACUCAAAUACUGAUUUCAGCUUUAUCUUUGUAUAAAUUGAUUAACUGCAGAAGUUUCCUAUUAAGCUUCAUAAAGAAUGCUGCGAAGCUUCCUUAGCAUGCUGUGCCUUUUACUUAAAGGAAGUUCUCAUAAGCAGACUGUGCAAAUAAAAUGAGGAAAAAAGGGGCAAAUACGAACAAUAAUCAUAUGGAAAGAUGAUCACUAUGUUAUAUUCUGAGCAGAUGUCUUAAUUUGAGCUGGUUUGAAUAAAAUAACAUGGUAGACAUAUAUCAUAAUAUUGAAAUGUAUUUUUUCAAAAAAAUUUUUUUAGAGUUUUUUAUUUAGUAUUAUAUUUUAAUUGUUUCAUUUAAAUGCUUGAUUUCAGUAUUAUUUUAAAUUAUUUUUUCAUUAAACUGUAAAUGUGUAUAUUUUUGUUGAUUUAAAUGCUUAUAAAUAAUUUUAAACAUUUAAUUAUGUAUUUUUUACUAUCUGAGAAAUGUGUAAUUAAUUAUAUACAGACAAAUUAUUGUGAAAUAGUUGGGAUACUGAGUUGAAAUUUCUAAUUCAAAAAUACAAUUGGAAUAGCAUUAAUAAGAGGAAAAAAUAUGGCCAAAAAAUAAUUCUAACUUUUGUUAUGUGAAAUGUUUUGAUGGUGAGGUUUUUUUUUUAAUCAUAAAAAUAAAUGAAGAGUGUGGAAACAAAAUAUUUUGUAUUAAUCCAUUAAAGUUUUCUUUUCUAAAUGUAGAAUUAUUUUAAAUGUGAAUACAGUACUUAAGUAUGUAGAAUAACUGGUAAAAGUUGGAAGAAUUAAGAUAUUAAUCAGAAUUUUCAAAAAAUUGAAUAUAGAAAGCCAAUGUUUCAAUGUAUAGUAUUCCUUAUUUAAUUGUAUAUUGUAAUGCUUUUGUUUUAAUACAUCUCAAUAUUUUUUUAUCACUGUUAUUAAAAUUCUUUUAAAUGAAAUAGAAAACAUUGUUAACAUAUUGUUUUUUUAUUAAUGUUAAAAAAAUUAAAUAUAAUGAGAAAGAUGGUAAGAAUCUCCCUAUGUUUUUUUUUAAUCUAUUUUCUAUUAGUUAAACUUUCAUUGAAAAAAUAUCUAAAAUUUAAAAAAUCACAAAUGCACUUUGAACCCUUUGCUUUGCAAUGUAUGAUUCAUUUAUUUAUUAUUAAAAAAAGUGUUUUUUAAACCUACUAAUUUAAUUUCUGUGUAGUAAUUUUGGCUGAAAUUAUUACACAUUUCCUUGAGAUGUGAUUCAAAGGUUUUAAUUAUUUUUCUUUCUUUAUUUUUCCAUGUUAUAAAGUAUACAUAACUUGUAAAAGUAAGCAAAGUUUUUUUUUAAGAUUUCAUUAAAACAGUUUAUAGAAUUUUGCCUAGACUGUCCUAUAUCUUGGUUGCAGUUUGUGAUCACUGAGCUAAUUCCUAGGCAGUAUUAUUUUACAUAAGUAUGCAUGACAUUUUACCUUACAAUCUGUAAAGUAUUGUGAUAAUCUUUUUUAAAAUUUUUUGAAAUGAUAUGAACAUUUUUAUCUGGUUGUGAUAUUUGUUAUAACUUAACAUUUGCUACCUUAUCUAAACUAUUUUUUUCUCACUGCAUUUUAAAGCUUUAAGUAUCAUUUUAAUGAAUGGAAGGCUAUGAAACAAGGAAUAAAAUGAAUAACUAUGCAAACUUCUUAACAGUAUCUCAAACUGUCAGUCACUUCUUAGCAUCACUCUCUUUUGAAGAUCUAUCAAAUGUGAUAAACCAUUCAUGUAAGUAAAUGCAACUUCAGAUGCUCACUUAUGAUUCAGCUCUCGGUAUUAGAUGUAAGCUCCGUGUUGAGGGAUAAUUGUACAAACUCAGCUACCCCAUUCCCAUUAGGGUGGGUUAAAAUUUCUGAUGCCUUUUUUUUAGAACCAGACCAAAUCCCUGGCUGCUAGGAUUAAUCUCACAAAGGAUGCAGAGCAUAUUCAUAUGCACUGCAUCAUCACACUACCCAUUCAGAUAUCUGAUGCCACUACCCUUUGAAAAAGCAUAAGGUGCUCUUUGGAUUGUAGGAAUUGGGCUUGUUUAUUUCAUUCCCCUGCUAUGCCAAGACUGUCAGAGUACAGAUCUCUGCCAGUACAUCCUCUGAGAGGAGCUUUGUAGGAUUAAGAUUAGACACUUAAUACUAGCAUCUUGAAUGUUUGCUAAAAGAAAAGGCUCAGGCAAAGAAAUAGGCUAAUAAAGGAAGGAAAGAGAAAAUACAAAUAGAUAUCUACCACUAAAGUAUUUUAUAUCAAACAAUUCUGGGGAAUGCAGCAGAUGCUUCAAAGAUCAUGUGAAUGGUAUGUGUUUAAAUAAACAAUAAAAUAGAAUUACUACUUCAUUAUGAAAUGCAAAAAUACUGUUUGUGUGGACAUAUUGUUUCUAAUCCUUUUAAUCUGAACCUACAACUAAAUCAGGUCCACAAAUAUUUUUAUGCCAUGAAGCUAGGCUUGUACCUAGCCAUUCAUUGGCUUUGAGCACCUUGCCUUAGGUUACAAUAUGAGUUUGCCUAGCUCUAUCCUAACUUUACUGAAGAGCUCGGAGGGGUUACAGGUUUGAGGAGUGCCCCUAUGCUGUGAAGGUACUGUUCAUUUUUAAAUAUCAAAAUCUACUCCAGGAUUCGAAUUUGGAACCAAGGCUAUGGCAGCUGAGGUUCUCUGCAACCUUUCAACAGGAUGAUUUGUAUGAAGUGAAUUUUUUUUUCUUUUUCCAUUAUGAAUGAUGUGACACAAUUUAGCUUAUGUGAGAAGACAUAGUAGGAGUCCUGACUUGUUGAAUACUUCUUUCAACAAAAGAGUUUCGAAGCUGAUGUGCAUAGCUAAACUGGCAUAAGACAUGCAUCUAUCUUUAACAAGUUUUCCUACUUUUCAUGUUUUUGAAGUAAACAAGGAAAGCAUUGAUCACUGGGAGGCAAGAUGGAGAAACACAGAAGAAAUAUGCAGUUUUGAAUAUGAAGGUUUAGUUAAGAGUGGCAGUUUUGGCUUGACUUCAUUCCUGUUGGCUAAUUUGGGUUUCAGCUUGUAGAUUUUAAUAAUAAUCCUGGCUGAAGCGAUCUGCCUGUGAAAUAAUCUGCAUUAGUAUUGUAUAAAAGUUAUAUGAUAUGAAUUAACUUUGAAAUGAUGCAGUUUAAAGAUAUUUAUUAUAAGCAUAUUACUUAUUUUAAGAUAAAAAGAAAUAAUCAAACAAAUAAAGGAGACUUAGGGGCUAUUACAAAUUAAAAUUAGGAUUUUAUUUUACAUAUUCUUUGCCUUACACACACACACACACACACACACACACAUAUAUAUAUAUAUUUAUUAAUAAUGAAAUAGAACACAGUUUAAGUUAUUUUUUAUAUAAUGAUAAAAUUCUCUUAUGUAUUGGGAAGAUCACCAAUGAGCAGAGCAAAAACGUUUUAACUAAAAUUUUUUGAAAGUAGAACCUUGAAUUUCCUUUAGCCUAGAUGAUGGUACAGAAUAGAAAACAAACAUUCAGUAUAUUUUUUUAUGAACCAAUAGAUUUGUAAAUGUUGAUCCAUUCACAAUGGACGAAAUGUUAAACAUAAUUAUGUUACCAAACAUUCUGUGUAUAGUGAGUAUUUUGUAGAAUGUAAAUCAUUUGCUUAUUAAAUAAAUCUUUUUUUUCAGGAUUUAGAUUUCAUAUUAUUUCCCUCAAAUUAUAAGUGAAACAAUUUUUAUGUGAUUUUAUUUAUUUUAACAUUUAGUUAUAAAAGGUAUACUUAUGUUAUUAAUUACAAAUAUUUACUCUUUUAUAUAAAGGGAUGCUGACUGGUCUCGAAGAAGUGAUAAGGUCUUAGCCUAAAGGUUAUUCUUGUCACUUAUAAAUGUGAAUCUAAAUACAGUAAAGGUCUAAUAAUCUGACAUACAAUGAUUUGAAUACCUGAUAAUCUGGUAUAUUUUUGCUAGCAUUCCUUCAUAAGAUAGUGCUACUACCAUUUAAUUUGAUAAUAUUUAGAUAGGCUAGAUAGUUAGUUUGCCAUUUUUAGUUAGUCCUUUGUUUAAAACUUUGCUUUUGUAUGGUGUUUGAUUUUUUUUUUUCAGCAGUUCAGCAAAUCUGGAUGUUAUUUUAGUUAGAAAAAGGGAAAACAAAAGUAUUAUAAUGAAAGAAUGUAUGUUUGGAUCUUCUGUUCUUUGUGUUAUCAAGACAGAAAGAAAUACUACAGAAUUCUUGUUUAAAACUAAGCUUGAUCAACUGUAUUGUAUAAACUGUGUAUAAAAAGAUCUGAUGGUGAGCCUAACAAAGAAGUGAUGUUAAUUGAAAAACUAAACAAUUCAUCAAGAAAUAAAUUUAAUAAAUGUAGUUGUUUGUUUUUGGAUAGAUGGCAUAUUAAUUUUAAAACAGAACAUUACGUUUGCCUAUGGCAUCAUGAUCAAGGAAAAUUUUAUCAUCUUUUCAAGAAUAAAAUGCUGGGAGAGACUGACAUUUUAUGGCAUUCUUGCCAAAUUCUACAUUAGUAGAUUUUGAAGAGAAAUAUGCAAAAGAUAUUGAAUUUGGAAAAGAUUUUAAAUAAGUUAAUUAUUUUAUUAUGUGAAAAAUGUUUCUGGAGAUCAUAAACCUUUUUUUUUAUUGGGAAAUACAAAAAGCCUGAUUGUGUUAAUUUGUAAUUUAUAAAGCUGAAUUGAAUGCAUGGAUAAUUGCUGAUUUCUUAAAAAAGGAUUUUCCCACCCAUUUAUACCAGUUGUUAAAAUUUUUUAAAAUUUGGCUUUUUUAAGAACUUUUAAACUUUUGGAUAAUUGCAGAGAAAUUUUAUAACUUCUGAACUUGUAUUGGGAAACAUUACUGUAGCAUGUAGAUGUUCAUAUCUAAUAGGUGAAAAGGUUAUCUUUUUAGAUCUAUUUUAUUUAUUAUUUUUGGUUGCUUUAUUUUUGACUUUGUUACUUGCCUCCUACACAUUAGUUUUCCUGUGUUUUAAAAUUAUUAGGUUAAUUAAAUUUUAGAUAGCUUAUAUCCUUCCGCAAAGUUUGUGAUACAUAUAGGUAGCAUGGUUGUCCUUCAUUUGUUGUCACACAGGCUAGUUCCAUUGUGGUCUUACAGCUAAAGAUUGACUUUGAUUUGGCUAGAUGCAUUGGGACCUCACCCUUGAGUGAAAUAGAAUCGAAUCAAAGUUCCUACCAAAAUGUAGCUGUUUUGAUUCUGCUUGUGGGUCAAGUUAUUACCCAAAACUUUAAAUAUAAAUGUAGGAGUUCAUUUUGCACAAAAUACAUUGAACUCUAAUUGGGCAGUGUUCAGUAAAAAAAGAUUUAAUUUUUGCAGUCGCUGUUGCUUGGAAAUGUGUUAACAACAGAUGUUACAAAAAGCUAAACAAAAUGGCCAAAAAGACAUGAUGCAAAAUUUUUUUGAAGAAGCAAAAAUAUUGAUGAUCUGAUGUGCAACCAUUUCGAGCCAUUAUCCAUGUUUUCAAAAAAUAAAAUUAUUUAAUAUAUGGAAAGUGAUAGAAAGAUAAGGAUGCGUCACAUUUGGGGGAGUUAAAUGACAUCAUCACAAUUAAGACUGUUGAAUUUGUUGUUGGCAAAAGAAAUAGAGUGUAACUAAGAAGUUAAAAAAUGUAUAAUAUUGGAGAAAUAAAAAAUACUUGUAUUCUGCAGAAAGAUUUUUUUUUCCAAGGAAAAAAGUAGAAUUCAUGAAUCAGAUAGACAUUCAACCUUAAUUUGAAAAGACUUCAUACUAUGGUAUAGUGAUGAUUUCAAAGCGAAAACUGAUUAAAUUUAAUAACUUUUAAGUAUAUUUCUAUAUUAAUAAGUUUGGCACAUUCAACAUGUUUUCAAAAUUACUAUAUGCAAUUUUUUCAUUCCUCAAUACAUUGAAUAAAGUGAGAAAAUUUAUCUUGCUGUAGUAUACAAUUUUAGCUUAUUAAUUUGGCAUGUUAGUUAACCUGGCAUUGAUAACAUCUCAAAUUAGUGUGCAUUUAUGAUAAAAUACACAUUUUAUUUUUUGGGCAUUAACUGGUGCCUUUUGCAGACCAAAAUUGUAAAUAUUACCAUUCACCAUUAAGUUAUCCUGUGUUUUUGAUUUUUUGCUCAAGAAUUACUCCAUAUGAUCCUAAAUGUUUGGAUUUCAGAAUUUAUAUCAUGAUAAAUGGGCAGUCUAAUGCAUUUUCUUGAAGUCUUAUUAAUCAUAUUUAAAUUAUGAUAGAAAAUUAUUUCUAAAAUGCUUCAUUCUCAGCAAAUAUUUUCAUGAAAUCAUAAAUUAGCAUUGAUAGUGUAAGAAUGUUAAAAAAAACCUUACUAAAAAUGGAAUAGCUAUUCAAAAAAUAUUUUUUUAAUUGGAUCAUUAAGUGCAGUGGAAGGUAAAUUUUAAAGGGGGCAGUUAUAUUAACAUUUUCUAGUUUUGAAAUUGCCAGAUUUUCAUGAAAUUUAAUCCAUCUGAUGAUGAUGGUGAUUUGAAACUUUUGGUUUAUUAAAAAAAAAUUUAGUAUUGGAAAUUUUGAAGUUGCGUACAUUAUACAUUGAUUUAACAAUUUUUUUUGGGGGGGGGGAAAUUUUUAUUUUUUAAAAAUUUAGAAAUUUCUCUGUUAAAUUUUGACCACUAUAAUUAUUUGAGAAGAUUCUUCAAUCCUUUAAACCAUGCAACAGUAUUAAUAUGUAAACCUUAAAGUGAUGUGUUACUUUAUCGAAAACCGCAUAGUUAUAUAUUUUGUGUAGUAAGGUUUAUAGAAUUGUGAAAAAGUUUGUGUUCUGUAUGUAACAAAUUUGCCCCCUUCUUAUUUAUGAAUUUCCCAUUUUUAUUUAUGAAUAAAAAUGGCUGAAAUUAUAAUAUCUCUGGGCAAUAUGUUUUUUUUUCCCCAAAUGUCAUUGUAUUAAUUUUAUGAGUGGUAAAUCUUUUUUACUGUGCUAGAAAGCACCAUCAAAAUAAAUAGCAAAUUGUGCAAAACAUAUUGUAGAUUUUAAAUUAUAUUAAUUUUAAUUUGUAUUAUAUUUUACAUGUAAUUCAUUCUACAGAUAAAAAAGUCAAAUAUAUAAUUAAACAUUAAUAUGGAUGUAUAAUUCACAAAACAAAACACAAUUUAAACUUAAAAAGAUUUUUUUCAUGAUAUAUCGGUCUGGAACAUGUGUCCAUUGCAUUGUUCUUUUGAAUUUAGGAAGAAUUUUGGUAAUGGUUUAUUAGUCUAAAAGUUGUGGCCAUUCCAUUGUUCCUUUGAAUUCAGUAAAAAAAUUUUUGUGUUUAUAUAUUCUAAUUGUAUAUUGAUCAAUAAAUAAAUUUAUUUAUUUUUGUUUUAGAAGUAUAUUAAUUUCAGAUUUUUAAAAUACAUGUUUUAGUUUCAUUAUACAUUGAGGUUUUCUCUGUACAUUUCUAUUUUAAAUUUCUGCUAUUUAAGCUGUGAUUAAAAUUGUGCAGGAUGUUAAUUUUCAAUUGAUUUUUAACAAGAUAUUUUAAUACUUAUGAAAAAUUCCCAUAUGUUAAUUAUUAUGUCAUCAAAAAUUAAAAAUUUAGUUGUAUUAAAUUUAUAUCUGAAUGUAUAAAUUAUGGUAGCUUGAAAAUAUAUGUUUUUUAUAUCCUCAUUAUUAAUUUAAAUUUAUUAAAGAAGGAAAAGGAGGUAGUGAAUUUAUUAUUCAUACUGAUUUAUUAUGUAAUUUCUGUAUGUUUGCAUAAAAUUGUUCAUAUAUUAUUUUUGUACAUUUCAUUGUUGAUCUUAUAAGUAAAAAUAUAAAACUUGAUUCACUAUUAAUAUAAAAAUAGUUAUAAAAACUAUCACACUGCCAUUUACUCUAACAUUUUGUUACUAUCCUGUGAUUAGUUUACAGUGAUCUCUUUUAGUUUUUCUAGCCAGUGUUUUUGAGAAUUUGUAAAUGUUAUUUUUGAGUAAUUGUCCAUUACAAUUUGUGUUAAUUUGUAUUAUAAGUCAGUCAACUUGACUCUGAAUGUAAAAGUUGAAGCGUAAUUUUUCAUAAGUGGUUGGGUUUUUCAAUCAAUUGAAUCAAUUUGACCCAAUAAAUAAAGAAUUUUUUUAGCUCUAAAA